AUGGGUGCAAAAGGACCACAAUCAGUUGGAACAGAUAAUAUCUCUGUAACAGAGCGGCACAAGGACACAGUAGAGUCAUUGAGUGUGAUCUCAACACUCAUAAUCACAGCUUCGGUGGCAGCAUGUUUGGCUGUACCAGGAGAGGCAGAUGAUAACCUGCACAAGGCCAUGUUCCAUCUCUUCAUCUUCUGCAUCACAGUGUCUAUGUUUAUUUCCACUGGUGCCACUAUCAUACUCAUCUGGGGAAGACUCGGUGUGAUUCAAUUGUUGAAUCUAGUUAUGGUGGUGGCAUUGCCGCUUCUAGGAACCGCUGUUGUUACACUUUUUCUGGCGUUCAUGGCAGGUAUCUACACAGUUAUAAGCAAACUCACCUGGCUGGCCACAACCUUUCUGAUUAUAACUUGCAUAUUUACAUGCAAGAUCUCACGCUACAUUUCUCACUACCGCUUUAUCUUUCUAGCAUCGCUUGCUGAGAAGGAACGACAACUGCCCCUUCCUUUUGUUGCCGAACCUAAGGAGUAG